AUAAGUACGGAAGCGUCAGUGUUUAAAAAGAAUUUGGCUCAGAUCGAGUCAACCACAACCAAACCCAAACACUUAAAAACAAAACAUUCUUACGAUUAUUUGUGAAGUCAAAAAUGAAAAUCACCAACAUUUUUUCGAUUUUUCUUGUUUAUUUUAGCAACAUUUUCGGUUCAAAAGCCGCGUCUUUAGGAUCUAAUGAUGUUAUGGGUUAUCUUUCUCAAUAUGGAUACGUUUCUAAAGGGAAUCUUAUGAAUUCUAGUAGAUUACUUAACCAAUCGAUUUUAAAACGGGCCAUAGAAGAAUUUCAAAGCUUUGCAGGACUUCCCGUAACAGGUGAAAUGAAUGAAGAAACUGAAUCUGUAAUGAAAUUACCGAGAUGUGGUGUCAAGGACAAAUUUAUAUUCGGAAGUGAUACUCGAUUCAAAAGAUACGCAUUACAAGGAAGUAGAUGGAAAAUCAAAAAUUUAACCUACACAAUCUCCAAAUAUCCCACAAACUUUGAUAAAUCCGAAGUGGACAACGAGCUACAAAAAGCUUUUACCGUUUGGUCCGAGUACACAGACCUAACAUUUAAGCAGGUAAAAACCGGAAAAGUUAACAUCGAAAUCAAAUUCAUUAAAGGCGAACACGGAGACGGUGAUCCUUUCGAUGGCCCCGGAGGAACUUUGGCACACUCAUAUUUUCCAGUUUAUGGAGGUGACAUUCACUUCGACGAUGAUGAACAUUGGACCAUAAAUAAACACCAUGGAACUAACAUUUUACAAGUAGCAGCCCACGAAAUCGGCCAUGCUUUGGGUUUACUCCACACUGAUGUAAAACAAGCUUUAAUGGCACCAUUUUAUCGAGGAUAUCAACCUUAUUUUGAGUUACAUAGGGAUGAUAUCUUGGGAAUUCAAAAAUUGUAUGGGAAUAAAACCACCAUUUUAAUCGAUAAGAAUAAUGAAGAAGAUUUAAAUAUUAAUACAGAAGAUCAGAUUUUAUGCAAAUCGUCCAAAAUUGAUGCUAUCUUUUUAAGCACCACAAAAGGAAAAAUUUACGUGUUUAAGGGGGAUCAAUAUUGGAGUUUGACCGAUCAUAAAAUAGAUCGUGGAUACCCGAAAUUAAUCGCGAAUCGUUGGCCGGGAUUACCUGGUAAUAUCGAUUCAGCUUUUACCCAUAAAAAUGGAAAGACUUACUUUUUUAAGGGUAAGAAAUAUUGGAAGUAUUCUGGAAGAAGAAUGGAUGGGGAUUAUCCAAAAGAUAUUUCAGCUGGAUUUCCUGGAAUUCCCCAUAAUAUUGAUGCUGUUAUGGUUUGGAGUGGAAAUGCAAAAACUUACUUUUUCAAAGGGGAUCAAUUUUGGUGUUUUGAUCCAACGCAACGACCCCCAGUAAAAAAUACGUAUCCAAGACCCAUUUCAAAAUGGAAAGGAAUACCAAAUAACCUCGACGGUGCUUUUCAAUAUUCAAAUGGAUACACUUACUUUUAUAAAGACGGUGCUUACUAUAGAUUUAAUGAUCGCAAUUUUGCCGUGGAUGUGGGUAAUCCAGCUUUUCCCAGAUCUAUGGCAUAUUAUUGGUUUGGGUGUCAGUCAGCACCCAGAGAAACCAUUCGCAUAUCUUAGUUUAGAUAAUAUUUAACAGUAUUUUUAAUAACAUACAUAUCAUCAACCAACAUUGUUCAAAAUGAUGAACACAUUUCUCCGUGCUAUAACUUAUUUGUGAAUAUAUUCUUGAAAUGUUUAUUUAAAAGGUAUUGAUAAGUUUCUCAGUUAUGUAAAAAAAAAAUUAAUAAAAUCUAAAAAUUAAA